AUGGGAGAAGAAGGCGGUUGGGGCCCUGGCGGCGCCACGAGCCGUUUCCAGGAGGUAUUACUGAGCGGCGGCAGCAAAGUGCUGCAGCAGGCGACAGAGUUCCUGGGGGAGGGCCCGAAGCCUCUUCGGUUUCUUUGCUUUAUCGGGGGCCUCAUGACGGUUGUGACAUCCGGCUUGGCCUGCAUUAACAUCUUCUCCAUCCUUGUCGAGCCCUCGAAUUACAUUUUGCAAGUUUAUUUGGUGUUGUUCGGUCUGCUGACUAUGGCCGUAGAGGCUAAAGACAUACCACCACUUGAGCGCAUGCGGCCUUUCUUUUUCUCGUGGUUUCGCUUUUUGACUGUACCGGGGGGCAAAGGCUGCUUCUAUAUAUUCUACGGCUCUCUUUCGCUGUCGCUUUGGAGGAGUUCCUUCUUCUUGGCGCUCGUGGGCAUUUACACCGCCAGCAUGGGCAUUGUAUGUGUUCUUGUCCACUUUGGAAUGCGCCAGGAGCUGCAGCAGCAUGGCAUCGCAAUCUCAGACGGGCCUGAACAGGAAGUCGGGCUGGGCCGGGCCAUCGAGCCGGAAAACAUCACCCCACCAGCAUUUUCAUGA